AUGGCGUGGAUCACCAUCGCUUCCUUCAACCCCUCCUCCCUGACCGGGCCAUACAUCGCCGGCGGCGCCUCCCCACGCUCCUCCGCCUAUCCCGACUGGGUCCUACUCCGCAAGACGGCGCGCAUCUCGGCGUUCCGGAACGCGACCACCGCCGAGGGCCGCACGGCCGAGGGCCGAGCCGUCGAGGUGUCCUUCUGGCUCGUCGACCCGCCGGGCGUCUCCUACUUCUCCGUCCACUGCCCCGGCCUCCAAGAGGACGACUUCUCCGGCGAGCCCCAGGUCGUCUGCGCCGAGGCCGCCUUCGUCCUCUUCCGCGUCAGAUUCAGCUUCCGCAGCGAGAGGCGGAUCUCCACCCAUCACUUCGUCUACACGGCCCGCGGCGCCGCGGGGCCGCCCUCACUGCAACUCCUCCCGGAGCCCCCCGGCGUCGAGGCCGUCAAAUCCCACCAGCUUGGCCUCUUGCCGUGCGGCGGCGAGCGCUACGCGGUCGCCUUCCUCGAUCGCAAUUGGACUGCCCGAGGUGACGCCUGGCAGUGGCAGUUCGAUGCCUACGUCUUCUCGUCAGAGACAUGUUCCUGGAGCAAGAAGGAGGCCUCAAUGGGCUUAUCGGAGUCUGACGCCGCAUUGUUGCGUCCCUAUGCGACCUCCAAGCAGAUCGCGGUCGGAGCAAGCGCGCUGGGCUGGGUUGAUAUCUCACGCGGCAUUACUCUCCUCUGCAACCUGUUCGACGAGUGUCCUGUCGUAAAAUACAUCCCCUUCCCGGCGCCAGGGGUUUGCAUCACACCCUACUACCGUCUCACUCGUCACUCGGCGCAAUGCUUCCACGAUGUCGCCUGCUAUGACGGUCUGAUCAAAUUCGUCGAGAUAGGCUUCGAUGGACCUGACUGCAUGAUAAAGGGUAAAGGCUGGCGAGCCACCACAUGGAUCAGAAACAUCUCUUGGGGAGGUUGGCGCAAGCACACCAGAGUUGAUGUUGCUAACAUCUCGGUUGACCCAAGAUAUUCUGCUCUGUUGCCUGAGCUGUGGAACCAUGAGACCCAUAAGCUAGAGCUGAAGAAACUGGUUUUCUUACUACCCACCCUGAGCGUGCGCAACGAUGAUCUUCUUCACAUCAUGGCCAAGGUGGGUGGGGAACAUGACAAGGCCUGGGUCAUCGCCGUUGACAUGAAAAGUACGGUUGUGGAGGGACUAGCCCCGGUUUCGACCGGACGGUACUGCCCCAGUACAAUGUUCUCCCCAUGUGCCUUCCCCAGUUACCUCAACAACAUGACCCAAGGAAACAAGUCUGAAGAACCACUCGUUGGUUGUGAUGGAGGAAUCUUGGAAGAAGAGGAAAUUCAAGCCGAGAACAGGAUAAGAGGGCCUGAGAUGGGCAACCCAGUGGACAAUUACUUUAAGAGGAUGAGUGCUUCACAGUGUGCUCUGCAAGUGCUGUUCACUCAACGCUGGUUCAGGGAACUUGAUGAAUGGUUGGGUUCUCAGGGGUCAGCUUGUGAUGCAUGCUGCAAAUCACUACCUUACUGGUGUCCAGCAUCAGCUCUGUGUUUCGAUAUUGAGGCAGUGGUAAACUAUGCUUCCUAUAAUGGUGAAGGAGAAGGUGCUUCCAUGGCUGUAGAUUCCUGCUUACGAGCUUUGGACGAUUUCUAUAAACUACUGAAGGAGUCACCUCUGAGUGAUCCAUCAACAACUGAAGCCAUGAAGCGUCAAAUCAGGGUUGCCCUUGGAGCUCUAGACAGCAUCUUGGAAUUUGUACCACUAAACCGUAUGCCCAGGAGCAUACAAAAGGUGCUUGUAGAUGUUUGCCUGGAACAAAAAGAAAAAACACUAGUAUGUGAACACUUGGAGAAGCCAGGCCAUACAGAGGAUGAAUCUGACGAAUGGCAGCAAUGGGGAUCAGACUCGGGGGACGAAUCGGAUGAAUGGCAGCAAGGGUCAUCCGACUCGGAGGAUGAAUCUGAUGAAUGGCAGCAAGUGGGACCCGACUCGGAUGACUCUCUAGAGACUCGUGGGGAGAAGAAGCAGGCACAGGUUCUGGGUCGCCGGUCGGGGUACUCGUAUUGGCUGUAUUUUGUUGGCUGCGUAUUGGUAGCGGUCGCCGCAAGAGCGUUGAGUCACCUCACUUUAAUGUCAUAG